AUGGUUACUUACAAGUUCCAUCAAUACCAGGUGGUGGGGAGAGCCCUGCCAACGGAAACGGACGAGCACCCCAAGAUCUACCGCAUGAAGCUUUGGGCUACAAAUGAGGUUCGCGCCAAGUCCAAGUUUUGGUAUUUUCUGAGGAAGCUUAAGAAGGUGAAGAAGAGCAAUGGCCAGAUGCUUGCAAUCAACGAGAUUUUUGAGAAAAACCCAACUACCAUCAAGAACUAUGGCAUAUGGCUCCGUUACCAGAGUAGAACUGGCUAUCACAACAUGUACAAAGAGUACCGUGAUACUACCUUGAAUGGUGCUGUUGAACAGAUGUAUACUGAGAUGGCUUCCCGUCAUAGAGUUCGCCACCACUGCAUUCAAAUUAUUAAGACAGCCACAAUCCCAGCUAAGCUUUGCAAGAGGGAGAGUACCAAGCAGUUCCACAAUUCGAAGAUCAAGUUCCCCUUGGUGUUCAGGAAAGUGAGGCCACCAACCAGGAAGCUCAAGACUACAUACAAGGCUACUAGACCAAACUUGUUUAUGUAA